AGAAUUUCACAAAUGACUUUUACGUGUGUUCUCCUGCUGUUUUAUGUUCAAGUUUCAACAUCGUCACCUGUACUGAACACUUUAACCAAGCCGUCAGUACCGUUGAAAUGCCCUGCGUGUCAGAAUUCAACUCUGUGUGGAGCAAAGUAUGAAGUGUUCCCUGGGCAUACAGCUUGCAAACCAAAAUCUAGUGAUGCUCGCCCACAUAUAGUUAUGACAGAUGCUGAAAGAGAUGCCAUUGUUAGGCACCACAAUGAGCUUAGGGGUAGUGUGAAUCCAAAGGCUGCCAAUAUGCUCCUGCUGAGAUGGGACAAGGAGCUGGAAAUGUUAGCCAAGCGCUGGGCAGACGUGUGUAUUUUUCAACACGACCGUGUCAGAAUAAUACCAGGCCGAUUUCAUGUCGGUCAGAACCUCGCUUGGGGAAGCUUUCCAACUUUUAAAGCAGCGACUGACGCCUGGUUUGCAGAAAAGGAUGACUACGCACCAUACUUCGGUACACGGCUGGAACAUUUCCCUGAAGGAAAACAAAUUGGUCACUACACUCAGAUUGCGUGGGCGGAAACUUCUCUGAUUGGCUGCAGCUCUGCAAAGUGCGGUAAUACCAAUUACUACGUAUGCAAUUAUGCACCCGGAGGUAAUGUCACGCCUUUCACGAAGCCAUACAUACCAGCGACUACUAGCGGUGAAAUGUGUAAAACACGCACGCAAGAUGGACUGUGCGACUGCGGGAAUCUAGACUGUGAAAAUAUGUCGGAAAUAAAUGUCACAUCUUGUACUUGCAAUUGCGGUGCAGCGACACAGGCUCCACCACACUGUACUUUGGACUGCAGUAAAUCUGAUGAUUUUUAUUGUGGCACCCAGGAGUCUUUCAAGCUAUCACAGUGCCAUCAACCAUUUGUGGUUUCCCGAUGCCCUCAUCUGUGCGGUAUCUGUCCUUGUGGUGAACAAAAGUACAGAAAUGUUAUGUGCAAUGGCGCAAGUAAAAGUUACGGCUCUAGCAAAAUCUUUCUAUUGAUGACCGGUGUGAGUGGCUUUGCGAUUACACUCCGUGUGCGUUUCUCUGUGUAA